UGGUAAUAGGGUUUUUCUUUGUGUUGGCGGAUAUGUGUAAAAACUUGAAUCUAUUCAGACCUUCUUCUUUCUUUGAUCUAAUCGUCUGCAACAGCUCUUGGGGGAGUAAUUCCUCAAGCUGCUUUUUGCCAAUUCAUUGGAAAUUCAUAGCAAUUUGAAAAAAUGCUUGAGAAAGAAUUCUUCACGGAAUAUGGCGAAGCAAGCCAAUAUGAAAUCCAGGAAUUUGUUGGCAAGGGAAGUUAUGGAGUAGUAGCGGCUGCCAUUGAUAUCCAUACAGGAGAGAGAGUAGCUAUAAAAAAAAUCAGCAAUGUAUUUGAACAUGUCUGUGAAGCCACUCGCAUCCUUAGAGAAAUUAAACUCCUGCGAUUGCUUAGGCAUCCAGAUAUCGUUGAGAUAAAGCACAUAAUGCUUCCUCCAUGUAGUAGGGAGUUUAAAGACAUAUACGUCGUGUUUGAAUUGAUGGAAACCGACUUAGAUGAAGUAAUUGCAGCGAAUGAUGACCUCACUCCUGAACAUCAUCAGUUUUUCUUGUACCAACUUCUUCGGGCACUCAAGUAUAUGCACUCAGCAAGUGUCUUCCAUCGAGACUUGAAGCCGAAAAAUAUUCUUGCAAAUGCUGAUUGCAAGUUGAAGAUAUGUGAUUUUGGGUUGGCUCGAGUAUCAUUCGCCAAUGCACCAUCUACUAUUUUCUGGACUGAUUACGUGGCUACCCGUUGGUAUCGUGCUCCUGAGCUAUGUGGGUCCUUUUUCUCCAAAUAUACACCUGCUGUUGAUAUCUGGAGCAUAGGAUGUAUAUUUGGAGAGAUGCUAACUGGAAAACCACUUUUUCCUGGGAAGAACGCUGUUCACCAGUUGGAUCUCAUAACUGAUAUUCUUGGUGCCCCAUCUUCUGAAACCAUUUCCAGGGUUCGGAAUGAAAAUGCAAGGAGAUUCUUGAAUAACAUGUCCAAGAAACUGCCUGUCUCCUUUUCUGAGAAAUUUCCCCAUGUUUGUCCAUUAGCUCUCGACUUACUUGAGCGUUUGCUUGCUUUUGAUCCUCGUGAUAGGUUAUCAGCUGAAGAGGCAUUAGCACAUCCAUAUUUUGAGGGCUUGGCAGGUGUGGAGAGUGAACCUUCCAGACAACCUAUUUCGAAAAUGGAAUUCGAGUUUGAAAAGAGGACUCUAAUGCAAGAAGACGUCAGAGCGUUGGUUUACAGAGAGAUACUGGAGUAUCAUCCACAGAUGCUGGAGGAGUACCUCCAUGGUAUAGAACGAACUAGUUUCAUGUAUCCGAGUGGAUUUGAUCAAUGCAAACAACAGUUUGACCAUCUAGAGGAGCUUAAAGGCCAAGGGAAAAAAAGAAACAAUCCUCUUCGGAGACAUGCUUCUUUGCCUCGUGAGCGUGUAUACGCUUCAAUAGAUGAUGGAUUGGACCAUGGAGAGUUUGAAAGGCAUCAUGACAUGAAUGCUGCGAUUGAGAAAUCUCUUGAUAAUAGCCCAUUGAGGAUUGAGAAAUCUCUUGAUAAUAGCCCUUUGAGGAUUGAGAAAUCUCUUGAGAACAGCCCAUUAAGGAUUGAGAAAUCUCUUGAUAAUAGCCCUUUGAGGAUUGAGAAAUCUCUUGAAAGCCCUUUGAGGUGUCUGGACUUUAGGGAAGCCGACGAGGAUGAAAUAGCCACAACUCGUGUUGUUACAACACCCACAAACUAUAAUAACUCCCGGGGCAUUCCUAGAAGUUCGAAUGUUAAUAAAGCUACCAAAUGUUCAACUGGAAAAGCAAGAGUUUUCCAGGGUGCUGCAAUCUCAGAUCAGAAGAUAAAUGUGGUGAGCUGACCGAUGAACGAUGAUGAUGACGAAAACUAUUAUUAUUAUUACUACUAUGUUUCUUCUUCGAUGAAUGGUUUGGUAUGUUUAUGUACAAAGACAACAAUUGUUUAGACAUGUUCUCAAAAAGGAUAUAUUUCCUUGUUCUUUCUUUCAUUCUCAGAUGUUCCUUUAAACAGUAACAAACACCAGAAUGUUGGUUUUCUAUAUAUUGUCAACUUUUUAUUUGAAAUUAGCUCAUUGAACUAUAAUUAGUAAU